GCAAUUUUUGUACUUGUCUAUCUGCACGGCUACCGCCUUCCCUGGUCAGUGCGCCAAGGAGCCACUUCCAGAUUUUGCAACCCACAAAGCAAAAUGAUGCCUUUUCUAUUUCUACUUCUGUUAGCGUCUUCCUUGAUUCAUGGGUAUGCUCAGGAUCGGCCUAACGACCAAUCUUCCAUGUCCUUGGUAGUAACUCAAGGUGGUCUUGAUUUCGUGAAAGAAUUGCUUGUAAAUAAGGCAAUUUCGUCAAUGAUCCCACUUCGAUUGCCCAAUAUUGAAAAGACUGUGAAAAUUCCAGUUGUGGGUGAUGUUUUCAUGGUGCUUUCGAACAUCACUAUAUAUCAAAUUGACGUUCCUUCGUCGAAUAUCAAGCCCGGGGAAGAUGGGAUUUCCAUUAUAGCUUCGGACACGAGUUGUAUUUUAAGAAUGAAUUGGUAUUACUCUUACAGUACGUGGCUUAUGCCCGUCGAAAUUAGUGACAAAGGUAGCGCUUCAGUUCAGGUUGAAGACAUGGAAGUUGGACUUACAUUGGGCAUGGAGAAUCAGGAAGGAUCACUGAAGCUGGUCCUGAAGGACACUGGGUGUGACAUCAAAGACAUCUCUAUUAAAUUGGAUGGAGGAGCAUCUUGGCUUUAUCAAGGGAUGGUUAAUGCUUUUGAAGGGCAAAUUGGGUCAAGAGUAGAUGAUGCUAUCACCAAGAAACUGAAAGAUGGAAUUUCAAGACUUGAUUCAUUUUUUCAAAAGCUUCCAAAGGAUAUUUCAGUAAAUAACAAUGCUUCAUUGAAUGUAACUCUUGUUGGUGAUCCUUUAUUUAGUGAUUCAUCAAUUGGAUUUCAAGUAAAUGGGUUAUUUAUAGAAAGAAAUGUUGAGGCUCCUAAAUACUGGCUCAAGAAUCCCAAAAUUUCUUUAUUCUGCACUAAUUCAUCAAAAAUGCUUGGAAUUGCUCUGGAUGAGGCUGUCUUCAACUCUGCAUCAUCCUUGUUUUAUAAUGCAAAAUUUAUGCACUGGGUUGUGGACAAAGUACCAGAUCAAUCUAUAUUGAACACCGCAGGGUGGAGAUUUAUUGUUCCCCAACUGUAUAGGAAGUACCCAAAUCAUGACAUGAACUUGAAUAUAUCUUUAUCUAGUCCUCCUGUUGUUGAGUUCUCAAAUCAUAAAGCCAAGGCCAACAUAUUUGCGGACUUAACAAUUGAUGUGAUGGAAGGAGAAGAAGUAAUACCAGUGGCUUGCAUCUCAUUGGUGAUUCAAGGUUCAGGUUCAGUCAAAAUCAAUGGAAACAAUCUUGCAGGCACCAUUGGUUUGGACGAUUUUGCAAUGUCAUUGAAAUGGAGCAAUAUUGGUAAUCUGCGGAUGUACCUGAUUCAGCCAGUUGUGUGGACACUGAUUCAAACUGUGGCCUUGCCAUAUGCUAAUUCUCAUCUCAGUAAAGGGUUCCCUUUGCCUAUUAUCCAUGGCUUCACCUUGCAAAAUGCGGAGAUAAUCUUGUCAAAUUCAAGGGUCACAGUUUGCAGUGACGUCGUAUUUGCAGAACCAAACAAGCUUAUAUUGAAGUCUUUGACCUAUUUCGCGUAGAUAGGCUUUUGUGUUUGUUUUUUUUGGUUUUUUUUUUUUUGCCCUUUUCAUUGAGAGCUUGUAAAUAUUCAGAACAGAGAACCCUGUUAUAUUUGUCUACUUGUGCAAUUUUUCGUUUUUGGUGAGUUUGAAGGGUGGUGAUACAACCUUCAUACCAAGAUGUACAAAGUACAGACUGAAGAACAAUGCUGCUUGUGUAUAACCUGCAAAUUUUAAUUCAGAUUUUUUAUUUUUUUCCAUGAAAA